UCUCGCCUACUCAGUCUGGGUCCCCUCUCCUUCUUCCCUGUCCAGGGCAGGCUGCCCCUCGGGAUGAGGCCGGGUUGAGAGUCCCUUGCCCACUCGCUUCACUAGCUCCAGGGCUAGGAGAGAGCCAGAGCGCUGCCGGACAGAGACUGCAGACAGACGCGGGACCCAAGGAGCAUCACCAUGCAGGACUCUUCAGCCCUUGACAUGGCCAUCCAGCACGCCCUGGCAGGGCUCUACCCGCCUUUUGAAGCCACUGCCCCUACUGUCCUGGGGCAAGUGUUCCGGCUGCUGGACUCUGACUUCCGGGGAGACGGGCUGAGCUUCCUCCUGGAUUUCCUCAUCCCUGCCAAGCGCCUGUGUGAGCAAGUGCGAGAAGCAGCCUGUGCCCUCUACACCCACUGCCUCUUCCUGCAUGAGGGCUGGCCGCUGUGUCUGCGGGACGAGGUCGUGGUCCACCUGGCUCCACUCAACCCGCUCCUGCUGCGUCAGGGCGACUUCUACCUUCAAGUGGAGUCCUGGGAGGAGCAGUCUGUCCACAUGACACUCAAGUGUCUUUCCCCGGACCUCCGCAAGGUGGACAGGAAGCCUAUUCCUGAGACCUCCUAUUCUCUGAUUUUCACCCCAGAAUGGCUGGAAGCCAUCAACAGUGACUUUGAGGGGAGCCCCUUACACACCUGUCUUGUGGCGUCAGAAAAUGGGAUCACGCCUGUGCCUUGGACCAGGAUAACCAGCCCAGAGUUUAUAGAUGACAGACCCCGAGUAGUGAACAUCCCUUCCUCAGAUGGGGACACUUGUCCUCUAGAGGCGCUCCAUCUGAGCAGCCCCCAGGAGCCAAGCCAGGCCAGCUCCUUGGGCAGCGUGGGGUCUGUGGUCCAGAGUUGGGCUAAGGAUAAAGGGAAGUUGUCUAGAGACAAAUAUCCUGGGCUCAUCAAGGUUGAGCCAGCAAGGCCAGGGCAGGUGGCCUUCAGGAUGGACAGUGAGACCAACCAGGGCCCGGAGGGGGACUAUGUGGCUCUCCUGGGCUUUCUCCAGUCUCCAGACAGGGAGGUAGUUACACUCGGUGCGGACACUCAAGGAUGUGUGAAGCCAACAGACUCUGGAGAGAAGCCCUGUAAUGGGGACUCAAGAAGAAAGGCCAGGCGCAAAGCCUCUGGCCACAUUGCAGAGAGACAGCCCCAGCAGCCCCACGCUGGUGUCCUGGAGAAGCCGCCGGACAGUACCUCUGGCCUGGUGGAAGACACUGAAGAAGAGCCAGGAGCCUCUGAGAUGCAAACGCCUUUGGGAAUGCCGGCAGCCACGGUCCAGCUCAGGCCUGGGCCAAGACAAACACCCUCUCCUCUAUUGUCCUCAGCUGCCCCUGUAGUCCUAGCCUCCGAGACAAAGACAGAGGAGACCACACCAGGAUACGGCAGACCUUCCAAGGCCGAGGCCUUUCUCAGUAGGAACAUCUCCAUCCGUGGGUCCCCGGCUCCUGGGCUCCAGUUCUCCUUCUUGAAAGGACAGAGGGUGCCCCUGACGCCCCCUGAGAAGACUCUGCUCCAGCAUGUUGGGAAGGCCCCGAGCCCCCACAACUCUCUGCAGCCUUGCGGAGCCAAGGCCCCAGGGAAAGAUGGGACAGCUCUCCCCAGAACAUCUGGCUCAGCCCUACCGUCUGGGGAGCCGCCUGGCUUCCGGAAAGAUUCUGCGGGUCCCCCAGGAGGAAGACUUAGCCUGGAGGAGUGUUCCAGGCCUGAGCCCAGGAUUGGGACUCUGGGAAUCAAGCUUCUCCACUCCAGGAUAGCCUGCCUGCCAGGUGGUAGAGACCGGGCGGGGCGGCCUCUGCUCCUGGUGUCGACCACGCAGGAGGCCUGGGAGGCACCCUGGUGUACUGUCUUGGAGGUCACGAAGUUGCUGUCCUACUUAUGUGGUGUUCCUAGGCUAGAGGAUAAAGCCAAGGGGCUGCUGGUGGUGAUUGAUGCCAGGAAAGGGCCCCCGAGUCCUGCUCUGGUCAGCGCCCUGCAGAGCACACAGGCCCUGGCUCCAGCCUCCAUCAGCAAAGUGCUCCUCCUGGGAGAGAAGGCAUCCAUCCUUCAGCUACCUGUACUACCUGUCCAGGUGGAGGUACUGACCUCGCUGAAGGCCCUCAGAAACCAUGUGGACCCUAGCCAGCUGCCCGAGGCUCUGGAGGGCCCCUUCCCCUACCACCACAGCGAGUGGGUGCAGUUCUUCCAGAAGCUGGACCCGUUUGUCACUGAGCUUCGCCAGGCCUCAUCCCUGCUGCAGGCUUCCAUUCAAGAGUUUGAGAAGGGUGACCCCCCUGGUGGGGUGCAGGAGGCCACCAGGUGCCUGAGCAAGUCCAAGGAUCUGAUGGAGGCUGUGCUGAGGGACCCCGGCCUGCUGGCUCUUCAGAGGGAAGGUGGAGCUACUCUGGCCAGGCUGCAGCAGGAGGCCAGCAGGCUGAACACCAACCCUGAAGUCAGGAGCCAUCUGACUGAAGCCGCAGCCCUGUACAACCUUGUGGAUGACCAGCUUCACGUCCUGGUCACUGCGUCCAAUCACCUCCUCCGAAGGCUGGAGCUCCGUGUCCGACUGGGCCACCUGGAAGCUGCUGUCCACCAGGUCAAUGACUGGAUGGAGCGGGAAGGAAGCCGGUGUCUGCAGGCUCUGUCCCCUGUCGACAUAUGUGCGGAGACAGUGGAGAAAGUCCACGCCGAGUUUGAGGACUUCUUCCUGCAGGUUGCGGCCCAGUAUCGCCAGGGCCUGGAGCUGUCCAAGCAGGCCGCGCAGUUGGGAGCUGCAGAGGAAGGCGCAGGGGAGCCAGGGCUCCCAGACCUGGCAGCCUUCGCCUCCACCCAGCAGGCCUUCCAGGCCAGGCUGACGCAUUUCUACAUGGCGGCCGAGAGGCAGCGCACUGACCUGGAGACCCUGCUCCACCUCCACCGCUUCAGAAAGAAGGUGUGCCGGUUCCACAUGGACUGUCAGGACCUGCUGACCCAGCUCAGGCUGGGCAAGAAGACUUCGAGGGCCAGCCCUGGGGACCCCCUCCACCUCCGUCUCCACUGUUACCUGAAGCGCCUGGCGUCUGAGUUCCAGAUGGAGAAACUCCUGGCCAUGAAGCUCCAGGUGACCUCUCUGAGCUGGGCUGGCCUGGGCCAGGAGCUGUGGGAAGAGACCCAGGAGCGACACCAGGAGACCCAGGCCUUGCUGAGGAAGGCACUGGCCUACUGCCCAUGCCCAGAGGUCACGGCUGCCCACCCAGCACACACAGAUCGAAGCAGGACAGCAGCUAAGGGCCGGGGUCUGCCUAGAGAGGUGGCCUCCAAAUGGGACAGGUCCCUACAGGACUGUCUGGCUGCAGAUGCGUCAAGGUCCCACUGGUCUCCACAUGUCUUCCAAGGGGAGCAGAGCAGAAGCCUGUGGGCAGGCCUACCACCCCAGGGAACUGGCCAGACCGUGGACGCCGAGGAAGGCCGAGGUGCCCCCAAGCUACCUGAGCCCACCCUGGAGCGGCUCCUCGCCUCUCUCUUUUCCUGGCAUCAUCUUCCCAGACAGAGCAAGGCCUCUCACCCAGCUGGAGGCAGCUUUUCCUCUGAGGGGACAGACUCACAGACAUCCCUGGAGGACUCACCCCACACAAGCCCUCCUGCAUCCCUCUAACUCGAUCUGAAUCGUCACGUUAGCUCUGGGGACUGGGGUAGGACCAGUGGGAGGGGUCUGCUGAGCCCACACCACCCUAUCAGACAUGGCCAUGGAGCGAUGUCAGGAGGACCACCUUCUGGCUCCAGAAAACCCCAAGAUGAUGGAUUGUUACCCACACAGAAUAGUGUCCGUGGGAGUUAGAAUCCAGACUCAGUGGAAGCACAUUGGGCCGUGACUGCAGGGUCUCCUGUGGCAAGGCCGGCUGGGGCCACCUUUGCAAAGUCUUACCCAGACUGCCACUUGGGGUUCACAUGGGUAACAAAGUAGUGGGAGGGGCCUCUUGCCUUGAGCCCCAGGGUAACAGACCCUGAGACUUUGCAUUUGGCGGUGACCCCCGGAGCCUCUGAGAAGAGUGUGGGAAGCAGGGGGAGGGAAAUAAAGGACAUUUGUCAGGCAA